AUGGGACUCGAUUACGACGAAUGUGUAUACUACCAUGAAGGCAGUGAUCUGUACGCGGAAGAUGUCGACGGUCAGAUGGCGGUACUGCCGGAAUUGCCCGUGACGACGGAAGAUGUGAAGAUCGAGGACAUACCCCAGAAGAAAUUGAUCGACUUCGCCAAAGGAUCUGGAAGUCCCGUCAUUCCUUGA